AUGCUUUCUGGUCCCAAAGGCGCCUUCGAGCUAGCUUAUGAAGCACUGACUGAUUUUGAGAGAAUCAAGAAUUCCCUUGCCGACGCCACCUUACUCACGCAUCCCGCUCCCGAAGCUCAGCUGUCCCUGAUGGUAGAUGCUUCGACCGUAGCCGUAGGUGCAGUCCUCCAACAACACCUUGUUGGUUCGACUCGACCACUUGCCUUUUUCUCCAAAAAGCUCUUACCAACUGAGACACGCUACAGUACCUUUGGCCGCGAACUACUUGCCGUUUACCUGACUGAAAAGCAUUUCCGGCAUUUCCUUGAAGAUAGUGACUUCACUGUUUUCACGGACCACAAAACGUUGACUUUUGCACUUCGGUCCCACUCCGACAAGUACAAUCCGAGGGAAAUCGCCCACCUGGACUACAUCUCCCAAUUCACCACCGACAUCCGCCACACUGAUGGCACGAAUAAUGAGGUGGCUGAUAUACUGUGCAGGCCCUCAAUGUCUUCCCUCCAUUCUCACACGGAAUAG